UUAUUUAAGUAUAUACCUACUCAACAUAAAUAAAUAUACAAACUAACAGAUAAAAAACAACUAUCUUGACGCUCAGUCUUGUUUCGAAGGUAUCAUAAUGCGGACAUCAAAAUUAAAAUCAGUGUCAUAUUUAACGACUGUCAACAAAAACUUCAUCAGACAUGCUGCCGUAAAUAGUGCGGCGACGGCAAAAGUUACAGAGGAAACAAUUAAAACAAUACAAGGAAAGUCAUGGCAAGAAAUACCAGGACCUAGUUCUCUGCCUAUUAUAGGACAUUUGCAUCAUUUUCUUCCAGGAGGCGAACUACACAAUGCAACAUCAUUCGAAUUUGCGGAGAAAAUGUUCCUAAAGUACGGACGAUUAGAAACGCUCGGUACACCACCAGUAAUAUUUUUGGGUGAUCCCGAAAGCGCUGCUCAAAUACUUCAUGGAGAUAACUGGUUACCAGUACGACCAGGGUUUGAGUCUCUAGACUAUUACAGGACUAAUUAUAAAAAAAAUAAAUCUGAACAUUAUGGACUACUAACUGACCAUGGAGAAAAAUGGAAAAAAUUUAGAUCAAAGGUCAACCCAGCUUUACUGCAACCAAAAACAAUUAAACUUUACAGUUCUGUUCUUGACGAGGUUGCUCGAGAUAUGAUUAAUAGACUUAAAUCAGUUCGAGGUGAAGACAAUAUGAUCAAAACAAGUUUUGAUGUUGAAAUGAACUUAUGGUCAUUAGAAUCCGUCGGUGUGAUAGCACUUGGAGACCGUCUCAACUGUUUCGACCCGAAUUUGCCCGAAGAUUCACCAGCAAGGAAACUUAUAAAUGUUGUCCACGAAGUUUUUGUACUAGCUGAGGAAUUGGAUUUUAGACCAAGCCUUUGGAGAUUAUUUUCUACACCAACAUUCAAAAGGGCAAUGAAAGUAUAUGAGGAUCAAGAAAAUUUGGCUAAAUAUUUUGUGAGCAAAGCAAUAGAGAAAUUGAAUAGCAAGAACGUAACCAAUGAUGAAGAAAAAGGUGUCUUAGAAAAGCUACUUGAAAUAGAUGAAAAAAUUGCGCACAUAAUGGCAUCUGACAUGUUAUUUGCUGGAGUGGAUACGACUUCAAAUACAAUUACAGCAUCACUUUAUCUACUAGCGAUCAAUCCAGAAAAACAAGAAAAACUCAGAGAAGAAUUGAUGUCACAACAAGAGAAAAGACCUUACUUAAGGGCUUGUAUCAAAGAAUCAUUAAGAAUGUUACCAGUUGUGUCUGGAAAUGCUAGGCAAACUACCAAGGAAUAUAAUAUAUUGGGAUACAACAUACCGAAAAAUACGUUAAUCGUAUUCCAACACGAAAUGAUGUCCAAGUUGGAAAAUCAAUAUCCCAGAUCCCACGAGUACAUCCCAGAGAGAUGGCUUGUAGGCAAAGAAGACCCGUUGUACUAUGGAAACGCGCAUCCAUUUGCCCACAAUCCUUUUGGAUUUGGUGUUCGCAGUUGUAUAGGUCGUCGCAUAGCGGAAUUAGAAAUAGAAACAUUCCUUGCUAGACUGAUACAGAACUUCAAAAUUGAAUGGUUCGGACCACCGCUCAGGAUCAAGAGGACUUCCUUGAACUAUACACAGCCACCCUUUAAUUUUAUUUUCAAGGAUGUUUGAUUGUCAAGUUAUGUAAAAUUUUAAAAAUAGGUAUAAUAUAUGUGGGCAUGUCGCGUAUGCAUUACAACCACAUCAGCAGACAAAUGCGUUUAACUACCACAUUAGGUAUUAUAGUCGUGAACAUAGAUUUAAUUAUAAUAUUAAAAAAUACUAUUUUUUAAUUCAUUAUUCGUUACUAAACGCAGGGGAUAUCUGUAAAUACUAUAUACUAAAAUGAAAAAUUUUACCUUCUGAUAGCUUGGUCACUCCAGAAUAUAUUCGAUCUGAAUAGCAGAACAUUGCGAAUUCUUUUCCAUCGUAUCGAAUUAUUGAAUGUUAAAAUUUUUCAGUAUUUAAUUAUUUUUUUUUAUACAUAAUUUGAAUUAUUUCUAUAAAAUUAAUAUCUACAUAUACGCAAUUUAUUUAUUAUAUAAGUACAUAAUUUUACGUAACUCCAAUUUGUUAAGCAAAUUUAACUACCUAAUUCAUUUUUCAAAAAUCACUUAAAUUAUGAACCCAAAUAAAAUUUAUAUUCUUCAUCUUAAUCCAAUACAUAUUUGUCACUUACUUCUGGUUUGUAAAAGAUUAUAGUUUUAUUUAAAAAUUUUCAAGUUUUCAUUAAAUUAAUUCCUCGGAUGGUCGUAGACUGUUAAUCUUCUUCGAUUUUUUUAUAUCUUUUUUCAACAUAAUAAAUCUUUUGCAUAGA